AUAUAAUAUUUUGGAUAAAGGGCGCACAAAGUUUUUUUAACAACUUAAAACAGUCUGAGAAAAUCUUACAGCCGAAAAACGACGUUGCGCAUGCGUAUGACCUACCAGAUGAAUGAAAACAGGAAGUGAAACUUAUGAGACAUCACAAUGAAAAUGUAGUGUGUUUGGAGUGAAAGUAAAAGAUUGGAAGGGGUGUAGGACUUGCAGGAUGGCAGAUUCCCCCGAUUAUCUAGUUUGUGCGGUUUUACCCGCCGGCGGUUGCGGGGAACGAACUGGAAUGAAGACUCCGAAGCAAUACUGUCAAGUCUUGAGCAGGCCUCUAGUGGCAUACACUUUACAGGCAUUCGAAAGGGUGCCAUGGAUAAAGCAUAUAGUGAUCACAAUCCACAAUGAUUACAAAGAUUUACUACUGGAUGUGAUAUCUACACACAAUCUGAAGAAGAUACACAUUGUGGGAGCAGGCCCCACCAGACAUAGGUCCAUAUGGGAGGGAAUCAAGAGUUUAGGGAAAGUUUGCCCAGUCCCAGAAGUGGUCAUCAUCCAUGAUGCAGUGCGCCCAUUUGUUGAAAGUGACAUCUUGUGGAAAAUCGUGGAGGCAGCUAGAGAGUGUGGGGCUGCUGGUGCUAUCCGCCCCCUAGUGUCCACCAUCCUGGCUGUUGAUGGUGAUGGUUUUCUUGACCAUUCCCUGGACAGGUCUAAAUAUAGGGCCAGUGAGAUGCCACAGGCUUUUCAGUAUAAUAUUAUCAAGACAGCCUAUGAAAAGUGCACUGACUAUGACUUUGACUAUGGCACAGAAUGUCUUCAUCUAGCUCAGAGGUAUGGUGGGGCCAAGGUGAGGCUAAUUGAUGGACCAGAUUCCCUGUGGAAAGUCACCCUCAAGAAAGAUUUGGCUGCAGCAGAAGAUACCAUAAAAGAUUGGAAGAAGAAUGUUGUUUUGGUCAACUGCCCUGAGAAAAUACAAUCUGAAGUGAGCAGAGCAUUUGAACUACAGAAUUUUAAACUACAUAUAACUACUUAUGGUGCUAUGGGUCCUUCCAGUGCAAACCAUUAUAUCAUUUUCCAUACCAUAUACAACCAACAGUCCAUAUUGCAAAUGAGUAAGGACUUCCUUAAUAACUAUGCAGGGACAGCUGUAGUGACCACUGUCCUUCAUGUGGUCACUACUUGUCAACUAGGACCAGAAGACUUAGAUUAUUUCAAAGUGCAAGCGUGUAUUCAAAGGUUACAAGAGAAUGUUGCUGAUGAUGUUUGCGUUGCCUUGUUGUUUGAUAUGACUGACUCGCCAAAGAAGUUAAUUGAGCUGUUACUUACUCUGGUCAGGAGCCAGAACCCCAUCUUAGGAGGACAGAUUUACACCAUCUUAGCUGACAGCUGACACAAAGCCCUGAAUUCAAAUGGAAACGUGUAUUGGCAGAGUUAUACCAGACUUAAUAUAACACUCACUUAUACCAGUUAUACCAGACUUAAACCUCACUUGUCUAGAUGAGAAAUUAAGGACUUGUAAUGCAGGGUUCAGUUAUGAUACCAGAAAUGGGUGAAUGUUAUCAAGACUUAUUUUAGACUGUCUGUUGAAACUAUAUGCGUCUGAAAAAGUGCAUUAAUACUUUGACCCAUUUUUGUACUGUGAAUUAUGAAUCUUAUUCGUGAAUCUCGUACAUUUGUUAUUUACAAAGCAAAUCAUAUAUUUUAUUAUUUGGAUUGUGAUUUAUAUACAAAAGUUACUGGAGGGUGUGGAAUUGUUGAUGACAGGUCAACAGUGACAAGAUGAACAAAAAGGUCACAUGCUUUUGAGCAAUGUCAAGUAUCUUGUGUCAAAUUGAAAUGUGUCAGCUCUUCCAGCGGGCCUGGGAAUGGACCCUUUUUAGGUUCCAUCUUCAAGUAGUUAAGUAGUCAA